AUGUUUGAUACACUUUUCGAAAGGACCAACAGCAUCCGAGCUACAAUGGACCAAACUAGACAAAUAUCGAAAUUUCAGCUUCUCGAGAUAAAUCUCGAUCGAUUAACAGGAGAAUUAGCCCAAAAUAAAAAUUGUAAUGCUGAUUUGAGUGUCGUUUCUGUCGAGGAAGUCAAGGGUCGAUUGAAAAAAAUUGAAGAUCUAUGGAAUGAGUUUGAUGAAGCGCAAUUAGUAUUAGAAAUAAAACUCCCAGGCCCGACUAGGGAGACAGAUAGAACUGAAUUUGAAAAUAGUUAUUUUAAAUAUACUGCUGAAGCAAAUGAAAUUAUUAAAAACAUAAUUGCUCAAACGUCAGGCACGGGACAAAACGAAACAAUACGACAACAAACAAUUGCGUUACAAUUAGAAACAGAAAACGAAUUAAUUCGACAACGAACGAUUGCAGCACAAUUAGAGGUAGAAUUGAACACUCAACGAAACAAUGAACUAAUACAUAUGAGGGCUUUGGCGGCUUCGCGAGCUUUAAGUAUAGAAACAUCUAAUGUAGAAACACCGAUAAUUAGAAAUAGUUUUCCGUUGCCCAGACUCGAUCUCCCCACUUUCUCGGGCGGUUACGAAGAGUGGCUCGGGUUUAGGGACUUAUUUACUGCAAUUAUUCACGACGAUAAAAAUAUUCCUAAAGUUCAGAAAUUGCGGUAUUUAAAGUCAUAUUUAAAAGACAAUGCAGCACGCGUAAUCGAGAACAUAGAGAUUUCUGAAGCAAGCUAUGAUGUUGCCUGGAAUUUACUAGAAGAGAGAUUUGAUAAUAAGCGUUUGAUAAUUAACAAUCAUAUGAUGGCUAUACUUGAAUUGUCAUCACCAAAUAAUCAUUCAGUUCAUAAUUGCUCGGAAUUUUCAAAGUUGAACGUUGAGGAAAGAAUUCAGAUGACGAAAAAGAAAGGGCUGUGCUAUAACUGCUUGGGAGCGAACCAUAUGAUUGAAAAGUGUGUCUCGCGAAAUUGUAGCAUAUGUCAUAAGCGUCAUCACACGUUAUUACAUCGGGAAUUUUCAAAAAAUUCGGGAUCCGAAUUAUGUGGUGAAUCGAGAGAAAAGAAUAUAGUAAAGAGUAAUCAUGUUACUGAUUCCUCGAUGGUUCUUUUAUCUACAGCUAUCGUGAACGUGGUUGACGCGAAUGGCAAACGACAUAUUUGUAGAGUUCUUUUAGAUAGUGGCUCUCAGCCAAAUUUAAUGACUGAAGAAUUCGCGAAUAAAUUGAAUCUUAAAAAACAUCGGUUGAAUUCUGCGAUUGAGGUUCUGAGCGACAAAAAAAUAAAUAGUGUUAAUUGGGUGGAGACAAUGCUUGAGUCUAAUGAAUCAUCUUAUGCAUCCAAACUUUCCUUUUUGGUCCUUCCAAAAAUAACUAGUGAAAUUCCAUCUAUUCCAAUAGACAAAAAUCAAUUUAGUAUUCCCUCUCACAUCAGGUUAGCUGAUCCGAAUUUCCAUAGGCCUGCGAUGGUGGACAUUCUACUUGGAGCAGAACUCUUCUAUGAUCUACUAGGACAAAACAAGAUAUCUCUUGCGGUACCACAUGUCACUCUUCAAGAUUCAAGACUGGGGUGGAUCGUGACGGGAAAAUUGAACAACAAUUCGAAUCAGCCGAGAUUGAAAUGCAACCUGGUACGGGAUCCACUGACGAUUCAACUGGAAAAAUUUUGGAAUAUCGAGGAAGGAGUCAAAACAAUCUAUCUAACAAAGGAGGAAUCUGAUUGUGAAAAGCAUUUCUCUGAAAAUGUGCAACGUGAUCAUACAGGAAGAUACAUCGUUCGUCUAGCAUUCAACAAAAAAAUAGAGCAAUUAGGCGAUUCAUACGAUGUAGCCAGACGAAGAUUCUUCAUGUUAGAGAGAAGAUUUGCAAGGGACGAGAAAUUGAAAAAAGACUACCAGACUUUCAUGCAGCAAUACGAGGACCUUGGCCAUAUGGAACCAUCAUCCAGCGGUCCAGAGGAAGGUUAUUAUAUACCACAUCAUGCCGUGAUCAAAGAAGCCAGUACGACUACCAAACUUAGGGUAGUCUUCGAUGGAUCAUCAAAGACUGAUACUGGAAUUUCGCUUAAUGAAACUUUACUGGUAGGUCCAACAAUCCAGACUAAUCUGUUCGCGCUCCUGAUGCGAUUCCGUCAACAUCCAGUCGGACUCAGCGCGGACAUCGAGAAAAUGUACAGACAAUUCUGGAUUCAUCCUGACGACAGAAAGUUUCAAAAGAUCCUAUGGCGAAAAAAUCAAGAUUCACCAAUCAAGACCUACCAAUUAAAAACAGUGACCUACGGAACUUCGGCAGCACCAUUCUUGGCCAUUCGAUGCCUGAAAGAGUUGGCCAAAGAUGAAGGUGCGAACUAUCCAGAAGCAGCUAGGACUCUCGAGGAGGACUUCUAUGUUGAUGAUGCAUUGACUGGAUCCAACACUGUUGAAGAGGCUCAGCAACUACAAGGAGACUUGAUACAGUUGACUCAGAGAGGAGGACUUCAUCUAUGUAAAUGGAGAUCGAAUAAACUGGAACUCAUUGAAAAUUCAUCCGAUCCUGUGGAUUCAGACCUAAGAUUGGACCUGGAGACAUCUUCCAAGACACUAGGAGUGAUGUGGAAUACGAAACUGGACACAUUAUACUUCAAGGUCACUGCUGAUCAAGAAAAAAAAAUUAUUUCGAAACGGAGUAUGCUUUCGAAAAUCGCAAAAGUUUAUGAUCCUUGUGGCCUCAUCGCUCCAGUAAUUACAUCCGCGAAGAUCAAGAUGCAAGAACUCUGGAAAACCGGAACUUCGUGGGAUGAUCCAGUACCACCUGAAAUCCUGGAAGAAUUUGAAUUGUAUCAAGGUCAACUGCACCUAAUCAAUGAGUGGAGUUUGGAAAGAGCAGUCAGAUUAUAUCAAUCAGCUGAUCUUCAGCUUCAUGGAUUCGCAGAUGCAAGCGAAAAAGCCUACGGGGCUUGCAUUUAUGUCAGGACAACUAACGACGAUCAACAUAGAAGCGUCUUAUUGUGUGCAAGGUCACGGGUCGCACCGCUCAAGGUCGUGACAUUGCCAAGGUUAGAGCUUUGCGCUUCAGUUCUGUUGACGAAACUCCUGAAUACCGUGAAGGAUUCACUGCGAUGCAAAAUAGACAAAAUCAGACUAUGGUCAGACUCGAUGAUUGUUUUGAGUUGGAUAAAAUCCUCACCGCAUCAAUUCAACACCUUCGUGGCUAAUCGGGUCGCGGAGAUUCAAGAGUCGACUAAUGCAAGCAUGUGGGGACAUGUCAGAUCAGAGGACAACCCAGCUGACGUAAUAUCCAGGGGUCAGAUGCCGAGGGACUUUAUAACUAACGCGAUGUGGAAGAGUGGCCCGGAGUGGUUACAAUCAUCGGAGGAAAACUGGCCAAAUCAUGGAAUUACCUGCAAAGAGCUUCCUGAAAGAAAGAAAAAUAAAGUUAUGAUAGUGACGGACAAAUCAGCGAGACUAAAUUUAUGGAGCAGGUAUUCAUCACUGAGUAAACUAAUCAAUGUUGUGGCCUAUUGUCUUCGCUUUCUUCGCAAAACAAAAGGACAAAAUCAAUUUCCUGAACAGUUGACACCGGACGAAAUAAGCGAGGCUUAUAAUAGAAUCAUAUUCCUCAUUCAACGGCAGGAGUUUCCAGACGAGAUCCGACAACUGGAAAAGGGUGAAGAACUUACGAAGAGGUCCAAACUACGAAAACUCAAGCCAAUCAUCCAUGAAGAAUUGCUGAAGGUGGGAGGAAGAAUAAAAAAAUCCCUAAUAUCCUCUGAUAAAAAACAACCUAUCCUUCUUCCAAAAACGCAUCCCGUUACAGACCUAAUUAUUCGCGAUACUCAUGAAAAGAAUAUGCAUUCGGGCGUCAACGGUACUUUGUACGCGUUGAGAGAAAAAUUUUGGAUAAUUGAUGGUAGAGUAUCAAUUCGUAGAAUUUUGAACUUGUGUGUGAAAUGCUUUCGAGUAAGACCAAAAGAGGUAUCGUAUGCAAUGGCAGAUCUCCCCAGAGUAAGAGUUACACCUGCUCGACCAUUUGAAAACUGCGGAGUAGAUUACUGCGGCCCUUUCUUCGUAAAAGAAAAACAAUUCCGAAAUAGAAAUAAGGUGAAAGUAUAUGCGGCUGUGUUCGUUUGCAUGAGUACGAAGGCGAUUCACGUGGAACUGGUGGGGGACUUGUCUACCGAAAAGUUCUUGGGGUGUUUGAAGAGAUUUUUCGCGAGAAGGGGAAAAUCAAAACGAAUGUACUCGGAUAAUGGAACGAACUUUGUCGGAGCGAAAAACGAGCUUGACGAGCUUUACGGUCUCCUUAACGCGGAAAAUCAUAAUCGAGAAGUAGCAAGAACGUUGGCUAAUCAGAAUAUCGAGUGGCAUUUUUCACCACCUCGGACUCCCCACUUCGGUGGAAUUUGGGAGGCGGCCGUAAAGUCCCUCAAGACUCACUUGCGCAGGACGAUUGGCGAGAUUCUCUUUACUUACGAGGAACUUUAUACGUAUAUGUGUGAAGUAGAAGCGAUUUUAAACUCGAGACCUCUAACACCUAUUUCGAAUGAUCCGAACGAUAUGGAUGCAUUGACACCGAGUCAUUUUUUAAUCGGGUCAUCGAUGAUGACAAUUCCGUCUCUAGAUUUUUCUCAGACUCCGACAAACAGAUUGUCUAGUUGGCAGCUUGUCCAAAAGUUGAAAAGUGACCUGUGGAAACGUUGGAAUCGAGAAUAUUUAAACGAACUAAAUGUACGAUCUAAGUGGCACACAGGUUCAGCUGAUAUAAUAAAAUUGGGGACUUUAGUUGUUUUGAGAGACGAUAACCUCCCUCCUUUACGUUGGAGUCUGGGCAGAGUCAUCGAGUUAUUACCGGGUGAUGACGGGAUUAUUCGAGUAGUUAGAAUAAAGACACAAAGUGGAACUUGUAUCCGAGGAGUAAAGAAAGUUUCGCCACUUCCAGUAGAAUGA